CAUAUUGCAAUAUGACUGAUAUCUACCAACGGAACAAUCUGUUCUCAGUCGAUGGUCUUGUGGCAGUAAUUACGGGAGGUGCCACGGGCAUCGGUCUGAUGAUGACGAAAGCCCUAGCAUUAAACGGAGCAAAAAGAAUCUACAUCAUCGGUCGCCGCAAAGACAAACUCGAAGAAGCCGCAUCCCACAACCCCUCCGUCAUCAUCCCAGUCGUCGGCGAUGUGACUUCCAAAGACACCCUGAAAGAAAUCGCCGCUCGUGUAGAAUCAGAAAUCGGAUACAUCCAUCUCCUAAUCUGCAACAGUGGAGCCAUGGGUCCAGCUACAGGCCUCAAUAACAAAAACGUCAGCAUUGCAGAAUACGCAACUGCCGCUAUGAAUCAAUCCUGGGAUGCCGUGGCUUCGACAUUCGAUAUCAAUGUCACAGCUGUAUUGUUUACAGCAUAUGCGUUUUUGGAACUGUUGGAUAAGGGUAAUAAAAACCCAGUCGCGAGCAAGACGAAGAGUCAAAUCUUGGUUACGGGAAGUAUUGCUGGCUUCUCGAAACAGCCUAAUCAGAGCAUGGCGUAUAAGGCCAGCAAAGCUGCUGUUUUGCACAUAGCGAAGAAUUUGUCGAGCGAAUUGUGGCCGUUUGACAUUAGGUGUAAUGCACUUGCUCCUGGUCUGUUUCCUUCGGAGUUGGCUACUAGCUUGAUCUCCCAUGCGACAAUGGAUCCAAGAGAAGAAGGUGCAUUCGACAAGUCAUAUAUCCCGGCUGAGAAAACCGGAGAUGAGGAAGAUAUGGCAGGCGCUAUCCUCUUCCUUACUUCCAGAGCCGGUGCAUAUCUCAACGGAAACGUUCUGCUGAUUGAUGGAGGGCGCCUCAAUAUUAUGCCCAACAGCUACUAG